AUGACUGGUCGGGGAGGCGGCGGCGGCCGCAAGAUUCUUCUGCCACCCAUCAACUGCAUUUUCAAGCUGCUCCAGUCGCACGCCACUGUUUCAAUUUGGCUAUACGAGCAGCUGGGAAUAAGAAUUGAGGGCAAGAUCAGGGGAUUCGACGAGUUCAUGAACCUUGUUAUCGACGACGCGGUUGAAGUGAAACAAAUUACCAAGGACAACCCAGAGGAGAAGAGGAGGCCAUUGGCUUACAAUAGAGGCGGCUGCGAACGGCAGACCGAGGAAAGCAGAACGGAGGGUCAGGGUCCCAACGGGGCCAGUACGGCUGCUGGCCUUGGGAUGGCGCAUUAA